UUCAUAUUACAAUUCAAGGGUGGAGAUUGACAGACGCUGUGGUGCGAGCCGGGUUAGACCCAUCCAAUUUUUCGCAGAACACAAUGAUAGGCUCGGUCUCCUCUGGUCAAGCUACCAAUGGAGCAGUGAUUGAUUUCAUGGUGGACCCGGUAGUCUUCGCUCGAUACGUCAGUGUGCAACUGUCUGAAGGCAAUAAUGUAUGUCUCCAAAUUGCUGAGGUCAGAGUUGAGGAGUCGCCUAACUGCGGCCUGGCCCUCGAUAUCGUUGGCAAGCCUGCAGAUCAGAGCACAACUUACAAUAACGCUGUAGCAGGUUUGGCAAUUGACGGAAACGAUCGCACGGCUUCCCAUACAAAGUGUACGGGCUCUGGAGACCAUUGGUGGAGGGUGGAUCUCCAGGCAAUCUACUCUUUGAGGAAAAUCACUAUUGUCAACAGAGUACAAUGCUGUGGGGGUAGAUUGGCAGGUGCUGUAGUACGAGCCGGUUUGGACCCAUCAGAUUUCUCACAGAACACGAGAAUAGGAUCAGUCUCGUCUGGUCAAGCUACCGAUGGAGCAGUGAUUGAUUUCAUGGUGGACCCGUUCGUCUCCGCUCGAUACGUCAGUGUGCAACUGUCUGAAGGCAACGGUGUAUGUCUCCAUAUGGCUGAAGUCAGGGUUGAGGCGGCUAAUUUCAUUUUUUUACUGACGCAAGCACCAAUAAAUUCUACGAGUGUAGCAGUCAGCUGGUCUCCGGUGCCCAAUGCAGAUCAUUACAGCGUGCAAUAUGCUCUGAGCAACAGAGAUGACUGCGAACCUAUUACCCCAUUGGAGUAUACACCUCGAUGCGUGUGUCAGGGAAGCCAAACUACCUUAUCCCCCCUGAUACCAAACUCUGAGUACAGUGUGCAAGUCGAGGCUCGAGUCAACGGUAGCUAUGGAUCAGUAGCAACAAAACGCAUCACAACUGGCUCAGUGGCACCAAAUGGACCACCAACCAUGGUUAGAGUUUCUUCCAUUGGCCCACACAGCCUCACUUUCACCUGGAGCCCUCCAUCGUGUGGAGACCGAGGUGGUACCAUCCUAGGAUACGAUUACCAGCUGAAUAAUCGAUCGGGUACUACUGACCAAGGAACAGCUCAAGUCACAGUAAAUGAACUUCUCCCCUUCACUAAUAACAGUUUCCGAGUUGCUGCAAGGAACAAUGUUGGGCCUGGACCCUACAGUCAGACUGUAAUUGCAAUGACACUGGAAGCAGAGCCAACAGUUCCAUUAAACAUUCACAUCCAGUCAGUGGACAACGUUUCUGUCAUUCUCGAGUGGUCUGAACCAGACCCUCCAAAUGGAGUUAUCACACACUACAAUGUUCGCUACUGGAAGAGUGGACAAUUGGAAUCUAUCGAGAAUGACACUGAUUUGGUGCAAUCGAUUCAUCAUGUGACGGGCCUCAAAGCCAGUACUACAUACCUAUUUCAGGUGCAAGCUGUGACAUCACCUGGUGCUGGCCCUUGGAGUGAAGCUAUCAAUGCAACGACAGCAAUUGGAGUUCCCGGACCAAUUCGAAACCUGACUCAUACGGAGAGAACACAAACGUCCAUCACCUUGUCGUGGCAUUCACCUCUUGAACCGAGAGGGCCCAUCACUGGUUACAUAGUAGAGUACAGGAUUUUAGAGAGGCCUUCUCAACCGGACCUAACUUCAGAAGACACAUACCACAGCAGCGAAGCUCAAAGAUCACCCUUUCUUCAAGACAACCUCAGCCCUGGCACGAAAUAUGAGUUCAGGGUCUUGGCAAGAAAUGAAAUAUUUCAGGGAACUCACGAUCAAAUCCUGAAAGUGUAUACUAAGCCAGUGACAGACUUGCCUCCUCCGACACAACCUACAACGUAUCCGAAGAAAAACACGGAUUCUACCGUAACAAUUGGUCUUGCGACACUUGUCUCUGACGAUACGGAUGUCAGUUCCUACGUGGUUCACAUCAAGAAGACCUCUCCAUCCAAAGCUAAGAGGGAGGCUUUGAAUGUAACGCACUACGAGGACUCACCUGAUGACUAUAUAGCAGCAGAGAUAUCCAAGCAGAACUUAAGCGAGAAAUUUGUAGUAGGAGACAAUCAAACCUAUGGAAUGUACAGGAAUGCACCACUGCAAACAGGCGCCACUUAUGACAUUCGGGUCGGAUCGGUUAGUCGAGGAAAUGACCAAGAGGUCUUUGUGUCCUAUUCUAUGCCGAUAAGCGUAAGAGUCGAGCAGUAUUCUCCAAACCCAUCAACGGGACCGUCAUCUUCCGCUGUAGUUCCAGCUGUCGUAGCUGUCUUCGUCAUAGUGGUUAUAUCCCUGCUCAUCACGAUAGUGGUUUACAAACGAAGACAAUUUCAGCAAGCCAAAAAGCAGACGGAUAUUGACGGAAAAGGGCAGCCCGCAAAUAUGUAUCGGGGAAAUAAAGAGGAAUCUGAGCAACCUGCGGAAUCUUUGCCCAAUCUUCACAUCAAUGUCAACAAACCAGGUGCGACUUGUGACUCUCCUUCCACGAGAAAGCUAAAACCUUUGCCCGAACCACGACAACAAGACACCAACUUGUCCAAAGCAAGUCAUACCCAGGAGGCACCCAAGCCAUUCACUCCAAUUCCACCUGUUCGUAUCGAGCACCUGGCGGAAUAUAUUCACAUGAAGGAGUCGGCAGAGGAAAAGGGGUUCGAGGCUGACUACAAGACUCUUCCAAAUUCCCAGUUGCAUCCGUGGAUAGUCGCCUCCAAACCAGAAAACAGACAGAAGAAUCGCUACGUAAACGUCGUUGCUUAUGAUCACUCUCGCGUAGUGUUGGAACCAAUGGAGGGUGAUCCUCACUCUGAUUACAUUAAUGCUUGCUACAUCGAUGGAUACAAGAAAGAGAACGAGUACAUAGCAAGCCAAGGACCUAAUAAAGCUUCACUUCGAGACAUUUGGAGAAUGGUGUGGCAGUUGGAUGUAGAUAAAAUUGUCAUGCUGACAAAUCCGGUGGAGAACGGCAAGGUAAAGUGUAUGCAGUAUUGGACCAACACCAGCCCUGCAACGUACGCGGAUAUUGUGGUGACAAUGGACAAAGAAGAGGUCCUCCUAGAUUACAGCAUUCGUGAUUUCAGCAUUCAUCAGGUUGGAAGCAAGAAUAUGAGAUUGGUGCGGCAGUUUCACUACACCAGCUGGCCUGACAUGAAGCCACCAGAAUACCCAACCCCACUACUGAACUUCAUGCGCGUUGUCAACGCUGAUCAAAACCCUGGACGCACCGUCAUACACUGCAGCGCUGGAGUUGGGCGCACAGGGACCUACAUCGCAUUGGAUGCGAUGUUGAAGCAAAUGGCGCAGGAGGGACAAGUGGACGUUCUUGGCUUCGUCUACCAAAUGCGACAGAACCGUAUCAAGAUGGUGCAGACGCCGGAGCAAUACAAGUUUAUCUUCGAUGCUCUCAUGGCAUCAUCUCUAACUGGUGACACAAUCUACCAUUCGGAUAACUUCAGACAGAAGUUGUCUUUGCUCAAGAAGACAGAGAGAGGCACAAAGGAAACAGGAAUGGCAAGACAGUUUGAGACUUUGGGUAAAGUUAGUGUGUCUCCUAACGGUGGCAGCAGUAGGUCAAUGGCCGCACUGACCUCUGAGAACGUGGAGAAGAACAGGUUCCGUGACUUGGUUCCAACCGACCGAGCAAGACCAUACUUGAUGACAAGAGUACAUGAAGACGAUAACGAUUAUAUCAAUGCCAACUUCCUCCCCGGCUACUGCAAGAAGAACAGGUACAUCGGGACACAGAUGCCAAUGCCCAACACGAUGGCCGACUUCUGGCGCAUGGUUUACGACCACAAAGCGACCACUAUAGUCAUGCUGAACACGCUGGUUCCAAAAGAUAAAACAAUGUCUUGCUACUGGCCACAAGAAGGACAAAUUGACUUUGGACCUCUUGUCAUUGAGCUGAAUGAAACAACAGAGUAUAAAGGUGUCACGAGACGUGCAUUUACCCUCAAGAACAAGGAUUCUGACUUCGAGUCUGAAGAUUCGUGGGUCGUCACGCAGUUCCAGUAUCACGAUUGGUCGUCGGAAAAGGCAGUACCAAGCUCCUUCGACGGAAUGUUCACUCUCUUGGACCUAACUCAAGAUUGUCAGGAAGAUAAGAGACCCAUCGUAGUUCAUUGCAACGAUGGAUAUGGCGCAACCUCUGUGUUCUGCGCCCUGAUGGCGCUGUUGGAUCAGUUCAAGUUCGAGAAGGCUGUAGAUGUGUUCCAAGCUGCUCAUCGUCUGCGCAUGGUUAACACCAGCAUGAUGUACUCUGUUCAUCACUUUGCAAUGUGCUACGAUGUUUUCCAAGCUUACCUGAGCUCGACCACUAUCUAUGAGCAUGUCUAAUAAGCAACGUAAAGAGUGAAAGAGGAGUCCUCCAGAUUUUUUCAGGAAGAUCAAUCGUGACGAUAUCUCUUCAAGGUGAAAGGGGUGAGCCAGUUCGGUUCGGUAUUUCAACAUUCGGGAACAGCAGCAGAACAGUCCUAUAUCCGGUUCGCAAGUGACUUCAUCAUACAUGCGCGCUCACUGCAAAUUACAAGCUCCGAUUGGCGGAACACCCAAGUUGCGCGUUAGCUAUCGGUUUUACGAAUCCACGGCCGUUUUCGAAUACUCGCUUUCGGUUCAGUUGGAGGCUUCAACUGCUUUUUUACUACCUGACUUGAAGUUGCAACCGAAAAGGCAAAUCUGAUAGUGCCACAAAACAUCAGGUAAGAUGCAAAAGAACCAAGCAUUCCAGUACUUCAAUUUAAUUUAAACGCUUCAGGCCCAAAUCAGGAUUGGUUUCGGAGACGAAGCCAGAGACGGGGACCAAUUAAGUUGAGUAUUGGAAAACGACCCAUGUAACUGAAUGUGCAGUGGGCGUGGUUCAACUGGUGAAGUCACACUUACAAACUGGAAAUCAGCGCAGUCAUAUACGCCAACUGACGCGCAUGCUUUGUUCCCGGUAAACCUUCCCUUUAUGACCUCCCGAACUUGCUCAUUGUCUUUAGAGUAGUAACUGUUCCAUGAAGUUGGGGAAAAUCCAUGAAAAUGACCCUUGUAUUUUUAGAUUGGUUUUCAACAAAACUAAGUGCUCGUGCAAAAACUAAACUAUUUGAAUAAUAACGACCGAACACUUUAACUAAUUCUAUCCAUUUUCUUAGAGAAAAGACUUUCGUGAUAAAAAGCUUCUCAAUUCAAGACAAUCACUGUAUCGACAAUUGCCCAUGUCUAGCUCAAGCGGAGUCUUCGCUACUCAUGUUGUUAUUACUUUUUUUACGGUAUAUUAAAAGUCGAUUUUUAACUGAAUAUAAAAGUACCAAUAAACUAAGAUUCUCUGAAAAACAUUUAGUGUCAAUAACAGCAAGUACAGAUGUGUCUUUGGUUCCCAAAGUUGAGCACCUAAGUUGAGCUUAACUGCAUUAAACUGUUUACAACACAUUUUGAAUGUAUACAAGCUUCUUUCCGCGGCACGAUUCCAUCAGGUUAUGAUGGUCUAUUUAGUUUUAGUUAAGACUACAUGCAUACUCAGUUGUUCCCAGACACAGAACCCAGAAGAUGAUAUCAAGUGACGAAAAAAAAAUGAAUGAAUCGUGGGAAAGUGCAAUGAUCAGAAUCCAUCAAUCCGAAAUUUCCUUAGUUACCGAAUAUACAUGUAUUACAAAAUGUACGCUGGUGUUAUUAACGAUCACUUAAAAUUGGAACAGUCACAGUACGUUGCAAAUUCUCCAUUGGUGGUAUGUAUUUGGAAAUGGGUUUAAUACAAACACAGAGUUCCAUUCAUUCUAACAAUAAUUAUGUUGGUGCCAACACUUUUGGUGCCAGCACUUAUAACCACUAUUUUUGUUAAAGUAUUGCGGCAAUGAAAUCUCUUCCAAUGUAUUUUUAUAGCCUUUUUCAAGGUAUAGAGCUCUAUAAGCAUUCGUUUUGGUUAAAAACAUUAAAAAGCACCUUACUUUUAAAAGUAUGUAUGUUUUCCUAGACAACUGAGGGCGCUGUUGCUGUGAUCCAUGGAAUACACAUGGCUCAAUGCAUAGGGUUUUUUGUUCAAAAUGUAAAACCAGAAUGUGCUUACUGAAAACGUUUUGAAGACAAGUUUAAUUUGGCCAAAUCUACAAAAAUUAUGUGCACAAACCAAUGUAGCAUCGAGGCUUUCUUCCUUGGAUGACAUCAAUUGCUAAUGAAUAUGGAAAUGCUCAGCAUAAACCCCAAAAGGCAGUAAAAUACUCUUUAAAAUAGUGAAACAAAAAAGGAGUAUAUUGAGGGUUUUAUUAAAACAAUCGAUUACAGCUUCCCUUUAAAACUUGUUCAACACAUUUAAGCAGUCUAACAGAAAGGAUAUUUGAAAAACUAUUCGCUGUUUUGGCCGUACAGAUAAAUGACAGGCAUGUUUUAGUUUUGAUGAACACUUUGCACGUUGUUACCCCAAAUUUUGGAUCACUAGACAAAACUGCCCCCGAAAACAAUAAAUCGCCAAAACGUCGUCCAACUACCGAUAACUAAUGAAGCGUAUUAUACAGCAUCACCGCCGAAGAGCACCCUUGUUAGCAACUGCUCAUCUUUAGCACUAUCUAUCGCAUCUGGACAUUUAUUCUACAGUGUUUGAGUUUUGCUUAAAUCAUUAAGUUACUUUAUGCAUUAUUCGCAAAUGUAUACCGAAAAUGUAGAAUAGAUGAAAUUUAACUACUGAAUAUUGAUGCUGAUAUAAAUUUACUCAGAUUAAAUAUGAUUUCAUUUCGAAAUAUACCCGGUGCCUUUUACAUAAAGGAAAACAAAUGAAGGAAUUAAAAAUCCACUACAGAUUCCAAAUUUUGGACAGGACGUUUGUAUUUCUGAAUGGACAUCAGUGUGGCUGUCUAAUUUACACCUCAGCUUUUACAAUGUAUGGUGUCUUCCUGUACGUGUGAUACUGACAUUCGUGUUAUUUCAAGGUGUCAAGAGUCGCCCGAAUUUCAAGCUUGAUAUGUCUUUCAAAAUACCACUUUGCUGCAACAAGGAGCUUUUGGGAUAAAUGAAUGAUUUGUGAUUGAUCUGUGUUCAAGAAGAGCCCUAUGCCUUCUGGGUCAGGGUGACAGAAUUUGUGUUAUUUUGGUGGGUUGCAGCGUCAGAGGUGACAAGAUACUUGUUGCCAUUUUCAAAAUGUCGCCCCAUCGGAGUUGUUUUAGUAAGGGAAUAUAGGUGGUGCUUCAAUAGAACGGCACUACUGUCGCUCUUUUCUACCGUCAUGUUGUAGUGUCGCUCUAUUCUACCAUCAUGUUGUAGUGUCGCUCUAUUCCAUUAUCCAGGAUCAAAUAAUUUGCAGGAGAUUCAUAAUGUAAUAGCAUUUUGUUCUCGGUAACGAUGAAAAUAAUUAUCAUAUUAUUGUCGCAGUUACUGUACUCAGCAUAAUUAUGUAUGUGGAAAUAAAGGGGCGAGUUUUGAAGAA